AUGGUAUUACAUUUUACAACAUGUGACUCAAGAGAUAUCAACUCAAAUUCAAGAAAUAACAGAUCAAACUGGACAUACAUCAUUAGUUACAGGGCAGCAGAAGUUCGACAUUUUUGGGCAGGUUUGGCUAAGAUAUUGAAAAAGUAUGACAAGAAAACUGGUGGAUUACUGCGCUUGCCCUAUAUACAAAAGGUGCUUCAACAGCCAUUCUACAUAACUGAUCUCAUCUCAAAGCUUGUCAAAGAGUGUGAAAGCACCAUAAAUUCAGUGUUUCCAACAUGUGAUGAAGGAAAAUCAGUGAGUCAAUUAGGGGGAGAAGGAGAAGGAAUUAUAACAGUAGUAGGAGAAGUAUGCAACCAAUUUGAAUAUGCAGAUCGCAGUUUUCAAUUCCACUCUUGGAAAUAA